CAAAAGGAGAGUGAACUGUAUGAGUCUCUAAUGCGCAUUGCUGAUCGUAAGCAAGAAGAACUAAAGGAAAUGAUAGUGGAAACCCUAAACAGCAUGAGAGAACAACUUCUUGAGGAUGCUGCCAGCAUGGAGUUUAAAGAUAUUUCUAUCCCGCAGAAUGGAGAACCUGUUGGAGCACAGGAAAUCAAAAACUGCAUUUAUCAGAUUAAAGACCUGAUCAUUUCACGGCUUAACCAAGCUGUUGUAAACAAACUUAUUAACUCAGUGGACUAUCUACGGGAAAGCUUUGUUGGCACAUUAGAAAGGUGCCUUCGUAGCCUAGAAAAAUCCCAGCAGGAGUCAUCUAUGCAUGUCACAAGCAACCAUUUAAAGCAGAUAUUGAAUGCUGCAUACCACGUGGAGGUCACUUUUAAUUCUGGAUCCACGGUCACCAGAAUGGUGUGGGAGCAGAUUGUACAGAUAAUACAGCGCAUUACAUGG